AUGUCUGACCAGGAUCAUUUCAGGUGUGACCCAGAUUGGGAGGAAUUUGCCCGCAAAAAUGACAUUCCGCUGCCACCCCACGAUAUUCAACCGUCCUCAGAGCCAAUUGAGCCAAUAGAAGUAGAUAUUGCGGCCGCUCGAGCUGGCCAAGCCAGCGUUGACUUUGAAUGGGCAGCGGCUCAUCCUCUUGAAGCCGUGGGUUAUGUGGCACGUUCUACAAUAAUCAAAGUCCGCGAUGGGACCAAUAUCAGCGUGAAGAUCUCAUAUCCAGGCUUUGCGCGCCGUGUAAAAGACACAGCGUUGCCGGUCCUUUUUGCUACACACGGCGGUGGCUGGAUCCAGGGUAGCCACACCUCUGAAGAAGCAUGGCUCCUCCAGCCUCUGUAUGAGCACUUGGAUCUCGUCAUUGUCAGUGUCGAGUUCCGGUUGGCCCCUGAACACCGAUAUCCGAUUUGGAUCGAGGACUCCUGGGACGUGCUGGAAAGACUACUUUUCUCAUCUGCACAAGAGUCCGUAUUUUCCAACCUUGAGGUCAAGUUGGAUCUUCAAAAAGUGAUCCUAGCCGGCUCCUCUAGCGGCGCGGGGAUCGCUGCCGCCCUCUCUCAAAUGUGUCGCGACAGAAUGAUCCCAAUCUCAGGCAUUGUGCUAAAUGUCCCUGUUCUGUGUGAUUACCGCCAUUUUCCAACCAAAUAUGCAAAUAAAGGGCAUCCAAGUUCUUACACGCAAUAUGCCAACACAUUUAUGGGCUCUGGAUUCAUGGUCUGGGUGUGGAAUCUCAUUCAUCCAUCUCCGACAACUGGAACGGAUCCUAGAGCUUCCCCGCUACUUGGUGACUGUAUCAAUCUCCCCCGCCAUUUAAUAUUCGUGGCUGGCCAGGACCCGGUUCGGGAUGAAGGGAUUGCAUAUGCAACUAAGCUCGAAGAUUCCGGUGUACCGGUCGAGAUACACAUCUAUAAGGGCGUUCCACAUAACUUCUCGCACUUUCCGGAGUUGAAAGCCACAAUCAAAUUCUGGGUGGAUUUGAGGGCAGCCUUGGAGAAGUGGUUGGAAUGA